UGUACCGCUGUACAACCAAGUCGAGCCUUGGCAAGUGCACCCACCCACUAGACACGCACACAGGAGUGCAUCUAGCGCGAUGAACUCCGUGCUUGCUCGUGGCGGCAAGUCGGUGUUGGCCCCCGCGGCGAGGGGGCAGCAGCAUCGUGGUAAUGCCAGCGUUGCUCGCGCAGCCGGUGCUCUAAGAACAGCAGUAGCAGGUGGGCGGCGAGCAUCGCCAACACUCCAAGCUGCUGGCUACCAUCGCGCCGGACAGCAGGUAGCGAGGAGUAGCGGGGGGACUGUCGGGGGAAGGGAGCUACACAACUCCGCCACUAAGGUCGAGGAGCCCGAAGAGGUGGUGGUGCUGUCUUCUUCCAGAACAGCCAAGAGCGUGGACAAGUCUGCCAUGCUGGAGGCCAGGAAGGGGAGGUUUCCUAUGGACAGGCCUUUCCCGGGCGUGCCUCCUCUCAAGCCUCCGGGCGCCUUGAAGAGGCCAGAAACCUUGACCACCACCCUGCCGAACGGCCUGCGCGUGGCCUCUCAAGAAACGUACGGGGCGCUGUGCACCUUCGGCAUUGUUGUCAACGCCGGAAGCCGAUUGGAGACCGACCUGAACACGGGGACAUGCCAUUUGCUCGAGCUCAUGGCCUUCAAGAGCACAGCGACGCGCUCGCACCAGCAGGUUGUGAGCGAAUUUGAGGAAAUGGGCGGAACGACUUCUACACACGGCUCGCGAGACCAGAUGCUGUACUGCGUGGACGUACUGCGGGACAACCUGGAGAGGGCCGUUGAGCUGCUGGCGGACACGCUCAUCAACCCUAGGGUUACGCCGGAGGAGGUGGAGGAACAAAAGGCGGUGAUCGGCUUCCAACUGGAGGACACGAUGCCCGAGGUGACAAUGCGAGAGUCCCUCAUGACGGCAGCGUUUAAAGGCCAGCCUCUCGGGCGCCCGUACUGGUGCCCAAAAUCGGCGCUCCCGAAGCUCGAGGCCAACAUGGUCCGGAGCUUCCGAAAGAGGCAUUUCACUCCGGGGAACAUGGUGCUCGCGGGGGCGGGGGUAGACCACGACGAGCUCGUUCGAUUGGGGAACAAGUACUUCGGAGGACUCGAGGCCGUGGAGGGUGGCAGCGGUGAUGGCGUUGACGCUGCCGGACCCGCGGAGUCGAGCUACGUCGGGGGAGAAUCGCGCAACGUCGUUGCCAAGCACAAGGACAAGUUAACCCGUGUUUCAGUAGCCUUCAAGGUUGGCGGCUGGCACGACGAUCUCCUCGUACCCACCUGCGUGCUUCAGGUUUUGCUUGGCGGUGGGGACUCAUUUUCCGCGGGCGGGCCGGGCAAGGGCAUGUACUCGAGGCUGUACCGAGAAGUGCUCAACAGAUUCUACUGGGCCGAGGCAGCGGAGGCGUUUUCCAUGAUCCACGACGAGACCGGGCUACUCGGGAUAGCCGGCGCCGCCGCCGACAAGCUGAGGGCCGGCCAGCUGAUGCACGUCUUCUGCGAGCACUUCGCGACCCUGGCCACGGUGCCGGUCACCGAUGAGGAGCUAAGCCGCGCCAGGAACAUGCUAAAGUGCAACGUUCUCACGCACCUGGAGUCAAGGCUCGUGCUGUUCGAAGACAUCGGCAGACAGAUGCUAACCUACGGACGAAGAGAAACGCCGGAGGCAAGAGGUUUGCGCCAAGAUCGACGCCGUAACGGCAGAAGACCUCAUGACGGUGGCAAGGCGCGCCCUGGCGACCCCCCCCAGCCUGUCCGUGGUAGGGAGCGAUCUCAAUGGGGUGCCCACCUACGAGCAGGUGUGCUCGUGGUUCAUGAAGCCCCCGCUGGAGCAAGAGAUGAAGGCUGGCCGAGGAGGAACACAGUAGUCAUGGCUCCCGUAUCAGAACAUCAGCACGCCGAUCAUCACGGCCUAGCUCGUGCAGGACGACAGCAAGAUGCUGGCUAGAGUGGUCAAGGCCAAGAUCGAAAAGACAACUCUUGGACAGGUUCGUUCGUUCGUUCGUUUCCUAGGGGAUGAAUGCAUGGCUGGAAGGUGUGUUGGUUAAAGAAUAGCGUCAGUGCGAUCAUCGGAACGAAACAAGUGUUUUGAUUUCAGUGGUAGGACAAGGCGUGUUGGUUCUAUAGAACAGUCGUGGCUCCGAUAAGAGGGUUAGUUACAAGAGGGGCCCCCCAACAUGAGAGGUUGUCACGGAUUCGACCCACUAUAGCAUAGUCGGGUACCCUCUUAUUCGGGUGUAAGAGGUGCUUCCGAUGUAUGUGAGGGUCGAAAGAUCGGUUGUCGCGGACUCGAUCCGCUACAGUAUGGUUGGGUACUCUAUUGAAGAGGAAGCUCCGCUACAGGAGGCCUUUGGUCAUUCCACCCUCUUGUGUCAGAGUCAUGAACAAGCUUUUUUUGUAUGACACUGGACCUUUGCGGGCCCCGUUCAUUUUCUUGUGUGUUACGAGGUAUGGAUGCCGUUUCGACUGGUAGGCCCUGUUGGUUGUCUCAUGUGUUAAAGAAUGGUGGCAUUUCUUUGGAUAAACUCGCAGGCCCUGUUGUUCUCUUGGGCGUCAGAGAUAGAUGGCUCUUCUUUCGAGAAAUGGGCAGGCCCUGGUGUCUGUCAGAGAUUGAUAACGUUUCUUUGGCCAUCAUGCCUUUAUGCGACGGAGUGAUUGGGUCGUCCUGGACCAUGACGGGGGCGUGGGGCGUGGUCACGUUUUACAAUGCCUUAGCGGCUAGACCGCUGACCACGCAUCUUCGAGAGGACCGGGUAUUGUUCCCACAGAACCGAUCACCGCCCGGGGGGGGGGGUUCGCGCUCGGUCGUAUCCCUGCCCUUGGAGGUGUGGGCUAGCUCGGCGAUGGGGAAGAGGAGCAGGCAAAGUCGAACUUCUGAAUUUUUUUAGAGGGUCUUGUUCGUGUUGGUGGUUUCAAGGGGAUAUACCUUGGUGGUGGAAUUUUGGUGUUAUCCGCCAUGUGUGGGUUCCGCUGACUUCAGCCACGAUCUAUGACACUGACCGACCAGUAGAGGUGGAGGAGGAGAUAGGGGAACCAGCACCAUGAUAAUUUUCUGUCGUCACACGAAGAAACGUUCCGUCAUGUGUGCCUGCUUGUGACUACAAUAGGCUGAUGUGCUUGACCUGCUUUCUGGACUAUAAUACGGGGG